UCCUCAUUAACUUCUCUCUAGCUAGCUUAUCUAUCUAGUAAUGGAGGUUUUAGCAGGAGAAGUCCUGAGCGAAGAUCAAGUCUUCGAGUUCCAAGAAGCAUUUUGCUUGCUCGACAAGGAUGGCGACGGUAGGAUUACGAUCCAAGAACUGGGAACGUCAAUCCGGUCGUUGGGACUGCAUCCGUCGGAAGGAGAGCUGAAGGAGAUGAUAAGGCAAGUGGACGUGGAAGGGAAAGGGAGCAUUGAGUUUGGGGAGUUCUUGGGAUUAAUGGCGACCAAGAUGAAGGAGAACGAAGCCGACCAGCAACUCAGGGAAGCUUUCAGAGUGUUUGAUAAAGACCAGGAUGGCUUCAUUUCACCAAACGAGCUGAGGCACGUUAUGACGAACGUAGGGGAGAGAGUGACAGAUGAAGAGCUUGAACAAAUGGUCAAGGUAGCAGAUUUGGAUGGGGAUGGCCGGAUUAAUUAUGAAGAAUUCGUCAAAAUGAUGCUUCCUUCCUUCUGAUAAUAUACAUAUAAAAAGCUAGCUAUAGUGUAAGAGUAAUAUCAUUAUCAUGUAUUUCUAUUGCACUACACAAAUGGGAUCUAAAUAUCCAAAAAAUUUAAUGAUCUAUGUUUAUGUACAAAAAUCUUAUUGUACAAUUUUUCCAUUUCAAAAAUAUUAUAGCACUUGUAUCAUAACUAGGUUAUCCAUUAGAUCACUCAUAUUAUUAUCCGAGAUAAAGAUAGAAGCAAACG